AUGGGCCGAAAGGAGCUCUGUGGGCGCAUAGGUUGGCUGUUGGCUGGAUUGUAUGUGGUCGAAUGUGUGUCAACCGUCAAGGAGGACCUAUUCACAUUACGACUCACCGAACCGUCGUUCGUUGAUCUUUAUCGUGAUCCUCUACCAUCGCAACUUUCCUUAGGUUGGGAUGAUCCACUUCCCAUUUCCUUACAAAGAAAAUGGCAAAAUUGGAAGGAAUCACUCGCGAUACUCGCAGAAACUUACGUGCCAAGAUGUUUUCUCCAAGAGAAGACGUCUCAGAUAAAGAAAGCAGAGAUCCACGCUUUUUCAGAUGGCAGCGAUCUCGCAAUUGGCAUCGCAGUCUACUUAAAGUUGACAAAUCAAUCUGGAGAAAUCAAGGUCUCAUUGGUAUUUGCUCAGGCAAAAUUGGCACCAAAACGAGCAACAACGAUCCCAAGACUUGAACUUUGUGCCGCCGUCCUCGCAGUCAAAGCAGUUAAAUGGAUCACUCAUGAGCUGAAGAUAAAGAUAGACGAGAUAUUCUUCCAUACUGAUUCAAAAGUAGUCCUUGGAUACCUCCAGAACGAAAGCAAACGCUUCUAUGUUUAUGUCGCCAAUAGGAUUCAAGUUAUUCGGACUGGGUCAGAUCCUUCGCAAUGGCAUUAUGUGAAGUCAUCAGAGAACCCUGCGGACAUGGCCACAAGGGGAAAACCAGCCAAAGACUUGUUGGAUUCGAUUUGGUUCACUGGACCACAUUUUCUGAGGAACAGUAGUUUUUCUGAACCUUCCUUAGCUGAAAUCGAUCCCAUGGAGUACGACGUAAGCUCAAACGACCCAGAGGUUUGUACUCAAGUCACUCGUUUUACAGUUAAACCUUCUACAACUCAAGGACUAGGAUCCGAACGAUUCAAAAGGUUUUCCAAGUUGUCGUCUCUACGAAAGGCUAUCGCAAACUUGAUCAUCCGAAUUAAGCGUGUCAAAACCAACAACCGAGAUUCAAUAUCUAGCCGACGUUCCAAUGCUCUUCUCCUCAACGCAACAGAUCUUACAAAACAUCCAACCGCCGCGGAACUGAAACAAAGUGAAGAAAUAACAAUCAAAACUGUUCAAAUGGAACAAUAUGCAACAAAAUUCAAAAACCUUCAACAGAUACCACCAGCAAGUAUUCCUGCCACAUCCAGCUUAUAUCGUCUAAAUCCAUUUAUUGACAGUAACGGAAUCCUACGCGUUGGUGGACGACUUAGACACGGAGAACAGAUGUAUGAAGAGAAACAUCUGGCAAUCAUCCCCAAAAAGAGUCAUUUAGCAAAACUGGUAAUCAAACACUAUCACGAAAAGGUUUAUCAUCAACGUAGACAGAUAACUCAUGGUGCAAUUAGAAACGCCGGGCUGUGGGUCAUUGGCGCAAAGAGGACGAUUUCGAAAAUCAUCAACGAAUGCUUAGUUUGCAAGAAACUUAGACGGAAAUUGAUGACGCAGUUUAUGGCUGACCGACCAGCUGAUCAGUUAAAUACACCCCCACCUUUUACGAAUGUCGGAUUUGACAUGUUUGGACCGUGGACAAAUAAAAACAAGAAAUUACGAGGAGGUGCUGUAAACUUCAAAAAUGGGGACUAG